CCUGCAUUUGAGAUCUAUAUAGUUGGAGGGUUGCCGCAUGCAGUAACUGCCGAACCCGACGACGUCACGCGAAAAUUCCUCCCCUCACAACGGGAGAUCAUCGCCUUCCAUUUCUCCCCACCACAACCAGUUGUGAAAUGGGUGCGGGCUUGUGUAUUCCCAAUGAUGCGCCCACGGCCCGCGUCUUCCAUGCAGAAGACGUAUGAUGAGUGCUAUCUACUAUGCUCCACUGCAGUCUAUUUUGAGGGCCAGAACAAUGAAGAGGAAGCAUUGCGAUCCUGGAGAUCCGCCCUCGAGACUAUCUAUCACCACAAUGCUCGCCGAGUAUCCUCUACUUACACCCCCAAAUCCGAAACCGAGAAGGCACUACAAGAUUCCAUCCGAGCCUUGGAGGUUCAAUGCCGUGAACGAGUCGACCUGCUAUCCGCUCUGCGCGAAAGUCGGAAAGAGACGGCUGAAGCAAACGGCAACGAAAAGGGCCCUGCGACACUCAUAAAGGGUAGACACUCUGUUAACACUACUCAGCAACCAACAAACAACAUCACAGGGUGGAUCGGCGACGGUACGAUCCCAGCAGUGGGCUAUACCGAUCUUUCCAAACCAGCUGCUAUCCCUGGACGACCUCCUCCACCGCCAAAGCACCACUCCGAUCCAAUCUCGUUUCCCGAAGAUUCCGCUCAUCCAGUGGGCCUGUCGCCGGCCGGCUCGCCUGCCAUGAGGAUGAACUCGAAUUCGUCUGAAAAGGAGAAGUCGCGUGGCUCCAGUCCGGAGAGACGGAAGCCGAUGUUGACGACAUUGCGCAGCACUGAUGGCAAGAAAAAGACCAAAGUGAGUAGUAAGAAGAAGGAAUCGCGGCCGGCCGCUUCCAAAGCAGCUGGCCUGGCAUGGGGCAGCACAUUCCGGUCUGCAUCUGGCGAUAAGACUUUCAGCGAUGCGGCUGCUAUAGCUUCGUCUCGGAGUGCCGCCAACGCCGAGCCAAGGACUAGUUCGGGAGACGAGCCUUUGCCAGGUCGACAUCAGCUACCACGGAAAGACUCCGCUACAGAUAGGAUUCCGGCUGCCAAUUGGCGGGAACCUCAUCAGCCGUCGCCGACUCGGUCAACUCCGCGGCUUGUCCGCCAGCCUGUGGCACCCGAAAGCCCUCGUCCACAUUCAUCGAGGCCAGCGGUCAUGCCGGAUCCGAAGGACUUUACCUCUCCUCCCUCUCCUGUACCUAAACCUUCUGUCAAACCGAAGCCUGCUGGUUUGAGAUCUUCCCUUCAGCCUCCACCUCGUGUCACCCCGGUUACUAGAUCCGAAGGUAACUCUCGAUCGGCCACACCGCGAGAUGAUCGUAAUCCAAAUUCAUCGAGAAGUACACCACGUACAAAAUCGGCGCCACGGACAACCAAGGUCGGAAAGUCAGCUUAUAUCUCACCAUCAUCAGGAAGCGAUGAUGUGCAAAGAGGUAUGAAUCGGAUGACGAUCUCGGCUGCGAAUGGUAGCAGUGCAACCCGCCGAAAACAAGUUCCUGCUAAGCGACGUGAGACGCCGCCGUCAAGCGACCAAGAGUCUUCGGGGCAACAUUCGACAGAAGAUGAAGCCGAGGACGAAGCCGACGAUGAUAAUCAUGAUAUUGUGAACAUUCUGAAUAAGCUACCCAAAGGAGUCGAUCUGCAGUCAGCACGUCAGAUCUUGAACGAUAUUGUCGUACGUGGUGAUGAAGUUCAUUGGGAUGAUAUUGCCGGACUGGAGGGGGCGAAGAAAGCUCUUAAAGAAGCGGUCGUGUACCCAUUCUUACGCCCUGAUCUUUUCUCUGGCCUUCGUGAGCCUGCACGUGGUAUGCUGCUAUUUGGCCCUCCAGGAACCGGUAAAACCAUGCUUGCACGGGCCGUUGCCACCGAGUCCAAGUCCACAUUCUUUUCCGUCUCAUCAUCUAGCCUGACCUCAAAAUGGCACGGCGAGAGCGAAAAGCUCGUACGUGCCUUAUUCGGGCUGGCCAAGGUUCUCGCCCCUUCAAUUAUCUUCGUGGACGAGAUUGAUUCGCUGUUGUCUGCACGUUCCUCCGGUUCAGAGCAUGAAGCAUCUCGUCGAUCUAAGACUGAGUUUUUGAUCCAAUGGUCAGAUCUUCAGCGUGCCGCUGCAGGUCGUGAGCAGUCUGCCCGAGAUAAGAAAGAGGGCGAUGCGAGUCGCGUGCUCGUUCUGGCUGCGACAAACAUGCCGUGGGAUAUUGACGAAGCUGCACGUCGUCGUUUCGUUCGUAGACAGUAUAUUCCUUUGCCGGAACAUCACGUGCGUGAACAACAAUUGCGCAAGCUUCUCAGCCAUCAGCAUCAUGAGCUCAGUGAUUCGGAUACCGAAGUUCUGGUCCAUGUAACAGAAGGGUUCUCCGGCUCAGAUAUAACAGCUCUCGCCAAGGAUGCAGCGAUGGGUCCUCUUCGCAAUCUUGGCGAGGCUCUCCUCCACACACCGAUGGAUCAAAUUCGACCUAUCAAAUUCCAAGACUUUGAAUCAAGUCUCUUCUCCAUUCGACCUAGUGUUUCCCCAGAUGGACUCCGCAAAUACGAAGACUGGGCGAGGGAUUUUGGCGAGAGAGGUGGCUAA